AGAGAGGGAGGGAGGAGAGCAAACACAUGCAGCGCAGCAGAGGAGAGGAGAGGAGCAUCGGAGAGGAGAGGAGGCUGCUGCUCCAACAGGGAGAAAGACAGGGAGGAGAAGACUCAACACUUCUGGUCACUAACAAGGAGGCAGAGAGCAAAAAAGAAACAGGAGACGGAGAGAUAGUAAGAGGAGGAGAAAAAGUAUUCCUGCCCACCACUUAGAGAAAAAGAGGCAGGGGAAACGAAAGAGACCGGAGGGAUCGAGGAGGCGGCGGAUGGGAGAUAGUUGGAGGAACUGGAAGACUGAUCAAUGAGCGGCUGAGAUUUCAGGAAGAAAUUUAGACUCAGCGAGAGAGAGAAAGAGGCAGAGAGGGGAGCCAAUGACAGGGAAAGAUUGAUGAAUGAGAGAUGGAUGCAAAACAUCUGGAGAGAUAAAGAUUUAAAGAGAAAUACUUAACAGGAGGCAGGGACAUCCAUCUAGCAAAUUUUAGAAAAGCAGAAUAAUAAAAAAAAAUUGAGAAAGAGGAGGGUAAGAGUGGAAAGAAAUGAGGAACAGAGAGUGAAAUAUUUAAGAGGAGAUAGAAGCUGAAGAGAGAUGAGCAGAGAGUUGCAAAAACUUGGAGAAGAGAGAGAAUAAAUAAGAGUAGCGGAGGGAAACUGUGCUCCUCCUUUUCUUUUCUGUUCUUUUUUUGGAGGACUUGUUCUCCAGCUCCUCUCUUCUUCAUAAAACUGAGGAGAAGCAACAGACGAAGAGAAGGAAGGGGGGCACUUUUCAAGACUAUUUCCUUAAACUUUAGAUAAAAGAAGAGACAACAAAGGCAGAUAUUUUACUAUCUGAAAGUCAACUACUUCCAAUGGCGUGCUACUAUAUCGUGAUCAGUUCCACCCACCUCCAUGACGGACAGCUGAGGAGCAUCAAGGGGGUCUUCAGGGGACCAAUAGGAACCGGCGCCCAGAGGAGCACGGAGGACGGGGACUCAAGGCUUUACUGCGAGCUCUGCGACAAACAGUACGUGAGGCAUCAGCAGUACGACAACCACAUCAACUCCUACGACCACCACCACAAGCAGCGCCUGAAGGAGCUGAAGCAGAGGGAGUUUUACAGAGCGCUGGCCUGCAGGAGGCAGAGGAGACGCAGGGAGGAGAAGAGAGAGGAAAAGGCGCUGAAGAGAAUCCAUCAGCAUGACCACAAAAGGGCAGGAGAGUGCGCUCCAGGUUCCGGUCCCAUGUUCCGGUCCACCACCGUGGCCGUCGACCCGGACAGUCAGUCCAAACCGGGCUUUGAGCGGAACUGGGCUGAUUUCCACCAAAGCAACGCCGCACUGGAAACAAAGCCUGGAAGCCAGCUGAUCCACACCUUCCUUCCCUUGGACCCCGCGCUGGAAACCAGACUCCUCAGCAACACCCAGUGGGCGCACCAGCAGAUGGAUGGCAACACCACUUCUGCUGCUGCUCAAUCCUGCAAUCUGGACUGCAAUCAUCUCACAGCCAACGGCCUGAUGAACUCUGAUAACACGUACAGCAGCGCUGCCAAAACCACCCGCUUUCACAAGAACCCUCUUAACUCUCUGAGUGACCUCUCAACCCCCAAUGGCAUCCCAGCAAACGCCAUGAGACCCAACUGUAACGGUUCCUCCAUCAGCCUCGUCAGUAGCAGAGUGGCCUGCACGGACUCAGACGCCAGACGAGUCCGACCCGUGUCCUUCUCUCUGCCCAAAAGAAGCUGCGUCCUCCUGCACCAAUCGGCCGCCGUCUUCAUCCAGGCCGGACUGGGCUUGUCGGGGAAACACGAGGGUGGGACGGUGCAAGAAAGAGCCAAAAACUUUGGAGACAAAGUUGCUGAUCAGCGGCUCAAAUCUCCAAUAUCUGCAAACCUGGAUGCAGCACACGUCACUCACCUGGUCCCUCAUACUGGAAACCAGCACAGCGUGGACAAUAAAGCUGCACUCAAGCACUCCGAGACUCCUGAGAGGGGACCUGUGGGACUCUCUGGGACGGGAGCCCAGACUUCUUCGUGUAAUCGCAAUACGAUCGGCGCUAAGAACGUAAUUAUCAGUAGGAGUGAAACUCAGCUCUCCUUAUGCAAGAAUGAUGGGACUGAAGCUGGUGGUGAAAGUGGGACUGGAGCUCAUCUUUAUUUAAAAGGAGGCAUACCAGGACAGAUUUCUGACACUGUAAGCACGGAUGCAGUACACAGAGGCGGUGAAGUGGAAAUCUGUGACGCCACCGAAGACCAGAAAGAGCUAAACCCUCCAGAAAAAGACAAAGAUAUGCUUUGUUCUGACGUAAAUGAGCCUAAAGAGACUAUUUCCUGUGUUUCCAAUAAGGCCCAAGAGUCGUCAACUCUGCUGCAGCCCAAAGAAUCAGACUCCUCUCCAUCAAACCCCCCAAAUCGUCCCAAAGAGCCUUUUUGUCGUGUUCUGAACCGGGACGGUAGCAGGAUUCUCCUCUGGCCGACGGAGAUGGUCAGCUACACCAAGACUUCCCCCUCCAUCUCCUACAGCGUCAACCCUCUACUGUACGACUUCAGAGCUCAUAACAAGGCCAGGGAAGGGGGUGUGGGAAAGAAAGGAGGGCUGGAGAAAGGUAGGGAGAGGAUAAAGCCAUCUGUGAUCAAACAACCCGACUGCCAACAGAGGCAGGAAGAUAUGGAGGGAGGAAGCGAGGUGAAGGUAGAUGAAAGGGAAGGAGAAGUUGAAGCAGGACAGGCAGGAAAUCCUGUGCAACUCGUAGGCCGUUGUAGCGGCAGCGAUGCAGUGGUGGAUCGCUCGGGCUGCCGUGAUGAAAGCGCUUUAAAAUUGGUUCCUGCCGAGUGCCACCACGCGCCGACGCCAGGCUUUCAAAACCCAGGGAGAAGGAGGAGAAGGAGGAGGGGAGGCGUGAGGAGAGGGAUGAGAAAGAGGGGGAGGAGGAAAAGAAGAGGAGACGCGGAUAGAAAAGACCCGGAGAGGGGAAGGAGGAUAAUAAGUGCGCUUUGUGCAAAUCAGAUGUUUGAAGGCAAAGGAGAAGAGAGGUUGAAAAGAGAGGGCACUGUAAAAGAGGAGAGGCAAGAAAAAGAGCUUUUAAGUAAUCUUCCUCCAAAUCUGCUGGUAGGAGGGAGAGAAAAGAAGAUGAGGGGAGAGGAGAGAAGGAUAAGAGGAGAUCAGACGGAGCGAGAGAGGGCAGGUAGAAAUGACGAGAAGAGGGGAGAGCUAUUAAGUAAUCUUCCUGUGAAUCGGUGUAAUCGCUGUAACCAGCUGUGUCUGCUGGUGAAAAGGGAGGCCAGCCAGCAUCAAUCCCAGCAAUCAGCCUCCGGGUGGGGCCAGGGGCUCAGAAAGCUGCUCUACAGGGGCUCAACGUGCAACUCGGUGAUUAGCCCCGUCCCUGAGUCUGUUAUAGAGAUGCCAUGCUGUCCUGCAAUUUCACCCAGCCCAUGUGAGAACGACUGCGGCGAUGCACAAAAUACACAAGCAGGGAAGGAGGAAGGAACGGGAGACGAGGAGCGCAAGAAUCCGAGCAAGACUGAGAUAAGAGCUGUUCAGGAUGCUGGAGAAAACACGUGUAACCCGGUGAUUAGCGGUGUUACUUUUCCCCGUGGAGACGCAGCACGCCAGGAAGGAAUUUGUCUUUUUCCCAAACCUCACAGAGAAACAGUGUGCGAUCCAGCGAUUAGCCUCGUCCCCGCUUCUUUCAGAGAAACAGCGUGCAGUCAAAGACAAACAAUACCUGCGGGACGCGGCGACGCUACCGUAGCCCGGGCCUCACACUGGUCCGCACAACACACGGAAACGGAGCCGCAAAUUAGAUCUGCUCGCACAGACGUGACCCUCGCCGGCGAUGCGCUUUCAAAGACGCCGCAGAGAGCGGCCGCCGCCAACAAGAGGAAGGGCAGCUCGCUGGAGGCGGCCGCGCCGAAGAAGAGACGGAGGAGAGGAAAGAGAAAGACGAGGAGAGUCACCGCCUUGCUGAAGGGAAGCGAAAGAGCUAACGUUGGCGUGACCUCCGACGUCAGCGUGGACGUUCAAGAACCCGACAGCAAUGCCGACAACGAGACGCUAUUGCAAAGCGGCAACACUCCCGAGGGCGGUCCGGUGGACAAAACAAUGACAAAACCCCCUCCCAGCCAUAACUCAAACAACAGGGAGGAAACAUUUAGCUGUAACACCACUGACAAACUGGAUAACUCCUGCUGCUGCGAUGACAGCGAAGGCAGCGGUGGAGCAGCUAAAGGCUGGAGCUCUGAUCCCUCCGGAGGCCCGGGCGAGGCCAGACACGUCGGUGACUGUAGCACCUGUAACAGUCACAGUGACGGGGAUGACUCUGCCGUAUGCAACAACGACAGAAACACUCUGAACAAAGACUGCAAUGCACAUGUGGUUGACCACAGCGAGGAAGCUGCUCGGAGCACAACGUCCCCCGCCAGGGUCCCGCCAGGAGACUCCGUCAACCGUAGCGCUAAUGAGACACACGACGGCCCAUGUCACGAUAAAAACAAGGAGCACACGACUGACAAAGAGUCCACUGCCCACAGAACAACUGCAGUCCAGAGUGACGACCGCAGUGUCUGCAAAACCAACGACGCGUUUAAUGACAGUUGUGAUUUUGAUGAUUUAAAAAGGAGAAGCGACCCGGGGGAGGAGGCCAAACCCCGACCACAGUGCCACAUGCAACAUGAGAACACGCAACAUGAGAACACGCUCCGUGAUUCAGGGACCGGGGACAACACCGGCGCUGACGAUGGUCAGCGUGAUGUUUUGGACAAUGAUCUUGACUGUAGUCGCCGGCGUGACGCCGUCGGCGGCACCGGAAAUGGGCGAAGCGCGGAGGAGCAGAGGAAGGAGGAAGAUGAGAAAUGGCUGGAGAGAAAACGGGUGAAGGAGAAGCAGGAGGAGUGGGAGAAGCAGUGGGUGAGGAAGAAGGAAAAGGAGGAGAAAGAAAGAGAGAGAAGGAGGGAGGUGGAGUUUGAGCAUCUCUUCACAGAGAAGCGGACGCGUUUUCCUCACCCCCUUCCUCCGCAGUGUAUCCCCCUCCACGCUCCUCUCCUUCUCCAGCCACCCCUCACAUCCUCCUCCUCCUCUUUCUCCUUCCACCACACCAUCAUCCAGCACAACCUCUCCCUCCUCCCGCCUCCGUCACACCUCCCCGUCCCCUCUUACCCGCACAUUCUUCCCUCCUUCUCCCCUCAUCUUUCUCCUAUCACUCUCAGUCCACCUCCUGCUCCUCCGCCUCCACCUCCUCCCCUUCCUCCCUCUUUCUACACCUCCUCCCCCAUCACACUCCUGGACUCUCCAGGUCCUUAUCCCUUUGCAGCAGCGUUUCACCCCCUGCAUAGCCAUCACGCCCAUCACGCCUCCCCGUAUCCCCCACCACAUCCAGCAGUCUUGCCUUUACAGGUGUUGUUCUGAAAAAAAAAGAAAGACACAUAAAUGGUGCAUUUUGUCUUUUUUCAAAAAGAAAAAUCAAGCGUCACUUCCUGCAUAUUCCAGUAUGAAAUGUUUCAGGAACGUGUAAGUGAAGUUCGGUUUCAAGGAAGUGAUCCUUCUUGAAACUGAACCUCCAGAAACUUCUCCGCCCCGUCCAAACACUCCAUCACUGAUUCACGGAUCCGAAUGAAAUGAUGGCUAAUUAUCCUCAUCAGCCACAAUCCCGCUGUAAAUGAGCCUCAGGUGUGCAGCCAGCGGGAUCGUGGUGGGGAUACACAGCUGGGCUCGUUUCCCUCAGCACAAAUCAGUCAGAGCUCCCGUUUUCUCACAUUAAAACCAAUGAUUUGCUUCCAAGGCAUGAUGGAAAUGUUUGUGACAUUAAUGGAAAAACUCUCCCUUUAUAUAAGUCUUAAAUAUAUUUGUUCUGUGAUAAUAAACAGAGGUUGUUUGUCUUGCUGAGAUUUGCAUUUUCCACAAGAAGAUCAGUUGGAGGCAGAUGUACAAAUACCACGCCAGGGAAUCAAUGCCUUCUUGCCUUCUCAGAGGCUUUUUUUUUUUUCUUUUUUUGGAGCUACAGCUAAACAAAAUAAAAUAUUAAAGGGGAACUCCUCUGAUUUCCACAAAUUAACAUUUAUUCACAGGUCUUAAGAAGAAGUACUUGAGUCAGCUAGUUGGAUCUUAAGACGGUUCAUCUGAAAUUGAGAGAAAUCUGGUGGUGAGAUGCAAAUGCGGCCUGCUCCUCUGAGCUGUGAGCUAGAGGCUUGAGGGUACGUUUUCCGCUUCUGCCAAAUCUCUGAUUGGUCCAUCUGCAGCCACAUUGCAUUGUGGGGGUUGUUGGUUCCAAAAAUCUCACAAGGAGGCAAAAGCAUGAAAUACACGAGCUGAUAUCUGUUGAUCUGCUGCAACAGUUUGGUAAAAUUGCAGCCUGCGUGUGACACCUGCAGCAGACCUGGAGCCUCAUUUAUAAACAAACUUCAGAAAAGAUCAGAUUUUGUCUUAAUUGCAAUUAAACGAGAAAUUAAACGUCAAGUAUUGGCGGAAGUUAUGUGGUGGUAUUGCAUUCUGGGAUGCUGAUACAUCCAAAAUUUUACAAGCUACCCGAUUGCACUUGUGCAACCAAUUAAAGGAAGGGUAAGCAAUAAUGCAGAAGCAAGGUUAAAUGGCUGUUGCUUCACAGCAAGAACAUUCCUGGUUCAAUUCUUAUCUUUUCAGAGUUUGCAUGUUGUUCCCUCAGUCUGUGUGGGUUCUCUCCAGUUUCCUCCCACCGUCCAAAAACAAACACGUUGGGUUGAUGGUGACUCUGAGGCCACGUUUACACAUAGCCGGGUAUUUGCAAAAGCAGAUAUUUUCCCCUCUACGUUUUGAAAAAUACCACCAUUUACACGAACCCGCAUAAAUAUCUGUUAAGGUGCUAUGAGCAGCCAAACCUACAGGGGGCAGUGUAACGAGAAGAUAAAGUCAUGCUAGCCAAUCAGAAUCCUGGAAAAAAACAUCAACAAAUGACACGAGUAACUUCCAGUUACUUCCAAGAUGAACGAGUCUUUUGUUUGGAGUGACAGAGAAGUGGACUUACUUUUAGGUGUGACUUUAGAAUAUAAAACAGGUAAAAUACAAAAAAAUAUUGACGGUGGCCAAACAAAUUGUAAACACAGGUCGCACACAUGACGCUGGUGACGUUUCUGUCACAUAAUGUGACGUUCUGAAGCCUAAAUGUCCGUUUCUCUCCGUUUAGACGCAAACGUGAAGAACGAGUUUUUUUAAAUCUCCACUUUGGCCGGAGUUUUCAGAAAUUAUCGUUUUCGGAGACUUUGAGCUUCAUUUUCGUGUAAACGAACAGCCAAAACGCAUGAAAACACCACCGUUUUUGCUACGUGUAAACGGGGCCUGAAUCGUCUGUAGGAGUGAAUGUGCAAGGCCGUCUGCCCAGGGUGGACCCCACUUCUCCCUGGUGACACCCAGCUCAGGCCUCCCGUCGCCCUGGACAGGAUGAGACAGACGUCAGGCGAUGAAUGGUUUUGAAAACACAGCAGUUAAACUCGACACUCGACAAGCCGGAGGUUGCAGCCAGACGCAUGAAUCAGACAAAUACAACACAAAAUACUCGUUAUUCCAAAGCGACUUGUUCUGAAGCACGGAAAAAAGACAGCUGCAACACUGCAACAUCAGACCUUAUCUAGAGUUUUAAUCCUGAUGACAGAACUUGAAUGAAUAUUUUCAAACACACAGUUCAUUGUGUUUUUAUAGUCCUGACACACUGGCCCCGGCAGUGGGUGGUGUCUACGGAUGCUGCAGUAGAUGGAAGGAAGAAAACAGGAGAAAUUCAAGUCCUCUGGAGUGUCUUCCUGCUGCAUCAUGAGACAAGACUGAGUAGGAUUACUGUUUUAAGGAGAAUAUUCAACUUCAUUCUGCCUUUAUGUAACUUCCAGUUGCAAUGCUUUAUAAUUCAUAAACAAGAAUUUUAAAAAACAAUCACAAUUCUUUAGUCUCAGCCCCGUCUGUCAAGCCUUUAUCUCGUCGACAGAGCACGACAUGCUGCUCGGCUGCAAUCUCCUCCACCAUCUCCUCUCCAAAAGUUUUAUUUUGCCCCACAUUGGCUCCUAAAUAAACCCUCUUUCGUGCUGCAUUGUGAGCGGAAAAUGGUAAAUCAGGUUCCAACAUUUCAAAUGUCAAGAUCCCAGGUGAGGAAGGUGGGAAAGAGCUUCCUAAAACCCAUUCAGAGCUUUUUUUAAAUGCUCGGCAGCAUUUAGGAGUCAAGUAGGUGCAGCGGAAGGAAUUGAAGAAUAAAUCAAAGAACAUUAUUAUAAAUGAGGCCCCUGAGUGUCACAUGAGCUGAUAGGUUGAUCUGAUUGUUGAGAGGGAGUUCUAUACCUGCACACGAACACGUACGCGGUUUUAAAAUCCACAUAAAGGAAUGACGUCCCGAGGAGUCUGGCUUGACUUUCCACAAUGCUUGUGCCUCCUUUUCAACAUAUUAAUGACGCUUUUUGAAUUACUCCACAUUUCACCGCAUAAAGGAAGCUGAGAGGCCGCCCGCAGCUGGAAAAUGAUUCAGAUAAUGAUGGUGUUCUCGAAGCUACGUUUUAGCUCCUUUGUGUUAGAAAAAGGAAAGAAACUAUUCUGAUUCGUGGGAUAUUGAGAGCAGAAACGGCGUUAAUACCCGCUGGUCGUACCGUCGUGCAGGGCUGCUGACGUCUGACUGCUCGGCAAAAUGUGAAGUUUGCAAAAGGAGGCUUUGAUAUAAUAAACUGACUCCAGCGCCUGACCUUUACACUCAGCUUUUUGUCCUGUUGAUUGUCUGCCGUCUCCCUCGGCUGCAGCCGCACUAAAAAUAUCCCAACGUGGCGGUCAUCUCCACAUUUGGACGACGCAGCUGUUUUCGGCUAAAACGCGCGGUAAUUGAUUCAGCUCAGCCACGUGACUCACUUGACUUCGACGCCGCUUCCCACGAGAGCAGCGAUGAAGAUGUGAGCCCUUGAUUGUCAGGUAAUCAUAAAGCUGCCGUGUAUUGAUUGCAGCUCUCGUCUCGUCUGUUGCCGAGUGGUUUCCCGCUCUGCCGUCAGCGGCGAGGCGAGGGCUAGUCGCACGCGGUCAAAGGAGGUCAAAGUUUCCACGAGUAAACACACGUACCCCCUCAUUAAAACCUCUGCUAAUCGUAAAGUGUAAUGCAGCAGAUAUCUGUCACAGUCUGUCACGUUUUGACAGCGUGACAUUGAGUGGCAGGGAAAGCACAACGACUCCCACUCUCACUCUCUUUUUCCUCCUAAGUUUUCUCUUGCUCUUUUUGAACAUCUGCCUGAGAUUGCUUUGGGGCAUCUUUGGUAGCGCCUCUCUCUGUCUCAGAUUAUUCUGGUGCAGGCAGCAAUGACAAAACAAACAAACACCAACAAUAAUAUGCAUUUAAAUUCAGCCACCAGAAGCCGUUGCUGUGGGCGGACCGUUGUGCUCGCCCUCCAUAAAGUAAGGCACACACUGUGUCGUUCCAUCAUCGCAGCUGUCACUUCCAGCGGCUGCCCGCUCCGCUCUCGCUCCCCGAGGUCAUCAGUAAGUCACCGCUGCCUCUUCCCAGAUGAUCUCUUAUCGGCCGGGCAUCUCCCCGCAGAACGGCUCGUGAACAGUAGCAUCACAAAACCCUCUCCUUGCAGCCACGAGUGCAAGGAAACGUUUUAGAAGCGUUGGUGUGACAACAUUUGUGUGGCAACACGUGCCGUGUCCCUGUAAAUGCACAACGCCAGACAUUUGGACCGUAUGUUCUCCAUGAACGUAGGUCUCGUUAAUUACUGUGAGAAACUGUGUACAUUAAAGAAGAACAAGCUGUCACUAGAUGUAUUUUUGUAGCGAAUCCUCAGUUGAAUGAGGCAGAUUUUGUAUUAUGUACACUAAUGCUGUUUUAGCCAGUAAAAUGAACCCUUUCCCCAGUUAAUUUGUCCUAUUGUUUAGGCUGUUGUCUAUGAUUGUAUGUUGAUUGAAGUUCAUGUCAUCACGUCAUGGGUUUAAAGCCUCUUAGUUACUUCAGAGUUUAGUUUUAUCUUGUUUUCUCACAGAAAUGUCUUGAGAGCUGAUAAACUCAUAUUUAGCAUAUUUCUUUUUUUCCUUGUGUAAUCUUAUCUCAACAAACUCAUAUGUACAGAUUCUAUUCCUGCUAAUAUAGCUAAUAGAUCUAGUGAAUCUGCUGAAAAAGACAAAUUAACUCUGAAAAUGGAAAUAAAUC